AUGUUUUAAAUACUGUUUGAGUAAUUACCACUAUUAUAUAAAAAAUCAUGAACUUUUUUGCAUGUUGCUUUGGAGGGAAUAUCUAAAUUCACACUUACAUUUUAAUCUAUAUUUUUCUUCUGGAACAUUAUUAGUAAAUUUUGAAAUUGUAGAACUGUUGACCCAGUCAUACAUGUACAGAGCUUGGCCUCUGAGUUAAUUAAAUAUGAGUUAAUAAUAUAUUAAAGGAAAUUAUUGUCCUUAUUACAGUUAUUAGGUAGUUACUCAAAUUAUAGCUUCAAAGGAAUGCAGAGCAUGGAAAAACUCAGGAUUAAAUUAUGCAUUUGAACCUUAGGCCAGCUUUUACUGUACAGACAGUUUUCUGCUAAGAGAGAAAUUGUAUGUCAUUGAAAUUAAAUGCUUUUCUGGGGAUGGAAGGUUCCAGUUUUUAAUGAAAUUACUGAGUGUGGUGUAGUGAAAUGAUUAAAAUCUGUAUUCCGGGAAUGUGGCAGGGGAAAAAAAUCAAUAAGUGCUAGCACAGCUUUGCUGCUCAAUGUGAAUCCUGAGAAUGAAAUAAACUACUACAAAAAUAAUAAUUAAAAACAUAUCAGCACAUUAAUUUAUUUAGCAUCAGUCUCCUGAGACAUCAUCUUCACUAAUUUUUAGCAUACAUUUUACUAUGCAAUGAGCAGCCUUCUUUUCAAAUACCCCUAUUAGACAGGCAGUAUUUCCGCCCUUCCCCCAGUGCUCCUGCAUUGCAAUCAUUGUACUUGCACUUAUUAUGUUACAAAUGACCGAGGUAAGGCUGACAUUCUCAGUGCAUGCAAAAAGACCUAGUCUGCCAGGCUUUCUUUUUUUUUUUUCCCUAAUGAAGCAGCUUUGUGAAAUCUCCCCAUGUGUUAAUACUAAUGAAGAUCCUCCAGCACAAUUAAAAUCACAGCCAGUGGCUGAAGAGGAAACAAAAAACAAUAGCGUCUUUUAAGAUACAUUUAUCUGCCUUUAUAUGUACAAAAUAUACAUAUAUGGUCAAGUUAUGUUUUCUAAAGCUUGCCUUUCCUUUACUCUUCUUCCUGAAAAUUAAAUUAUGUAAUUUUUAAUUAUCUGAACUUUCACACUUCAAUGUUUUGCGUGAUGGGGGAAUACUAACUACCUCAAUGAAAACAUUUUAAAAAUAUGUAUCUUCUUGGGUAAUAAAGCGUUAACCAACGAAAAUACUUUUUUUUAAGAAAUCAUUUUUAGGAAGCUAUUGGAUGUGUGUGGGUAAUGUGCACUUUAGUCUAACUUUACUGGUUUCAGAAUGUUGGAAUUCGGGGGGAAAUUGUAGGGUAAAAAACAAAGUUCGAAGAGGUUCUGGUGGUAGACAAAUAGCAUACCGCGUGUGUAGUUUAAAGAUAGAGCAACGGGUUACCAGUUUUGAUAUUUUAAAAAAUGGUCAAUUCCUGCAAUUAGCUAUCCCCUGCCCUUUUUUUCAUCCUCUCAGAAACUGGGGGGAAAAACUACUAAGGUUGCCUUUUUUUUAAUUUAUAACUUUAAAAUGGUUUACUAUUUUAACAUGUUUUAUUUAAAUUUUAACUGCAUAAACAUUACAGCCUGCUUAACUCGCCCGUGUUAGGGCAGUAGCGGUUAAUCCCGGGACCAUUUUGCGUCUUUCUUUUUAUUUUAUUUUGACUUCCAAACAUCCACGAAUUCUUGGCAUAUUAACUUAGUUGGCUUAUAGACUUCAACCGAAUUCUGAGUUUAUGGACAAAAAAGUUUAGGUGAAAAUGGUUAAUCUAGGUUCCCUAUUAUGUUUUCGUUUUUGAAAAAUUACGUUUUCGAUUCCCAUUUUCUGUCCUCUCUACUUUUACAAGCAAAACAAAACAUUUAAGUUUCCUAACUUUUUCCUGGGACAAGGAAGAGUGCAAGCUCAAAGCUACAGUAUUCUUGGGAGGAAGAAGCAACCCCCUCCCUGUCUUGGUUCCUUUAGGAGCUGAUAGGUCAUUUAUUAUUGGAACUGAAAUGGUAUAAACAAUUCUCUCUCUUUUUUCCCUUGUUAACAGCAACUUUCAUUGUUAGAGAGAGGAGAGAGAGAGAAGCCUUGUUGGUUGACGUCACUUGGUUCAUGAAGCCUUCGCCUAGAAGUGAAGCUGCUGAACAAACCUUGAGAAGAAUCAUCUCCUGCUUCAAUCUGCUGCUGGAUAGGAACUAAUCAGAGAGAGAGAGGCGGAAGACGGAGAAGGAGGGAGUCAAGGGCUUUCCCGAUCACAAAUCUCACCUCCACUCCAACUCUGUACUUUUCUUGCAAAAAUAAUAGGAAUAAGGAGGUGUUGGGGCUUCCAAAAACAAAAAUCGUAACCUUCAACCAUCUGGGGAAGGCAAAAAUCCCAUCCACCGCAACUCUCAGUUCGAAAGUAAAGGUCUGGAGGCUGUGAGAUCAAGGCGCUGACAGAUUCUGAGUCUGGUGAGAGCCCCCUUCCUGAUUUCUCAACAGUGAUGUCACAAGACUGACCACAUUGAUCACAAUAAUGGAGUCUGGAGAACGGUUACCAUCUUCAACAGCCUCCUCUACUAUCCCAACUUCAUCGUCUAUACCUUCUGUGGCUUCAUCGGUUUCAAAAGGCGGCCUUUCCACUGGAGCUGCUUCACUUAGCUCUACAAUCAACCCAUGUGGACAUUUAUUCAGAGCAGCUGGGGAUCAACCGUUUAACCUGUCCACAGUGUCGAGUGCCUUCCCAAUGGCCAGCCACCCAGUCUUUGGUCUACAUUCAGCCAGCUCAGGGCAUUCAGAAUUUGGUGGUUUGGGGACACUUGGUACACCCACAGCCUUAGCCGUACAUCCCCAACUAGCAUCUUUUCCAGGUGCAGAAUGGUGGCGAACAACAGAUGUUCAUACUCGAACAGGGGCAACCUUCUUUCCACAAUUACUGGGAAUUCCACCACUGUUUGCUCCUCCAGCCCAGAAUCAUGAUUCUUCUUCAUUCCAUUCAAGGACAUCAGGAAAAAGUAAUAGAAAUGGCCCUGAAAAAGGUGUAAAUGGGUCAAUAAAUGGAAAUAGUACAUCAUCUGUAUCUGGUAUCAACACAUCUGUACUAUCCACUACUGCUUCAAGUUCCGUGGGACAAACUAAAAGUAUAAGCUCAGGUGGAGGAAAUCGAAAAUGUAAUCAGGAACAAAACAAAAACCAGCCUUUGGAUGCUAGAGCUGACAAAAUCAAGGAUAAGAAACCAAGGAAGAAAGCUGUGGAAAGUUCUAGCAACAGUGAUAGUGAUUCGGGCACGUCGUCAGACACCUCCAGUGAAGGCAUUAGUAGCAGUGAUUCAGAUGACCUAGAAGAAGAUGAAGAAGAAGAUCAAAGUAUUGAAGAAAGUGAAGAUGAUGAUUCUGAUUCCGAGAGCGAAGCACAACAUAAAAGUAACAACCAGGUGCUAUUACAUGGUAUUUCAGACCCAAAAGCAGAUGGACAGAAAACAACUGAAAAAGCCCAGGAAAAAAGAAUACACCAGCCAUUACCUCUUGUGUCUGAAUCCCAGACUCACUCAUCAUUCCAAUCCCAGCAGAAGCAGCCUCAGGUUUUGUCACAGCAGCUUCCAUUUAUUUUCCAAAGCUCUCAGGCAAAGGAGGAAUCUGUGAACAAACACACAAGUGUAAUACAGUCUACGGGAUUGGUGUCCAAUGUGAAACCUUUAUCUUUGGUAAACCAAGCCAAAAAGGAAACUUACAUGAAACUCAUAGUUCCUUCUCCUGACGUACUUAAAGCAGGGAAUAAAAAUACCUCUGAAGAAUCUAGUCAUUUGACCAGUGAAUUGCGAUCCAAACGGGAACAAUAUAAACAGACAUUCCCAGCACAGUUAAAGAAACAGGAGUCAUCUAAGAGCCUGAAGAAGGUUAUUGCAGCUUUGUCAAAUCCAAAAGGAACCUCUAGUUCACCAGCACAUCCAAAACAAACAUUAGAAAACAACCACCCUAAUCCAUUCUUGACAAAUGCACUUUUAGGUAAUCACCAACCAAAUGGAGUUAUUCAAAGUGUCAUUCAAGAAGCCCCUCUCGCGCUUACUACCAAAACUAAGAUGCAGAGUAAGAUGAAUGAAAACAUUGCUACUGCGAGUAGUACCCCUUUUUCCUCACCUGUAAACCUGAGUACAAGUGGAAGAAGGACCCCUGGCAAUCAGACAACUGGAAUGCCCUCAGCCUCUCCCAUAUUGCAUAGUCAAGGGAAGGAAAAAGCAGCUAGCAAUAAUGUGAACACAUUGAAAGGCCAGCAUCACGCUCAUCCUGCAAAGUCAUUAGUGGAACAGUUUCGAGGAACAGAUUCCGACAUUCCCAGCAGUAAAGAUUCUGAAGAUUCCAAUGAGGAUGAAGAGGAAGAUGAUGAGGAAGAAGAUGAGGAGGAUGAUGAAGAUGACGAAUCUGAUGACAGCCAAUCAGAAUCAGAUAGUAAUUCAGAAUCAGAUACAGAAGGAUCAGAAGAUGAUGAUGAUGAUGAUAAAGACCAAGAUGAAUCAGAUAGUGAUACUGAAGGAGAGAAAACUUCAAUGAAACUGAAUAAAACAACCUCCUCUGUCAAAAGCCCUUCCAUCAGUCUCACAGCUCACUCAACACCUCGUAACCUCCACAUAGCAAAAGCCCCAGGCUCUGCUUCUGCUGCUUUAUGUUCUGAAUCCCAGUCACCUGCUUUUCUUGGCACACCUUCUUCCACACUUACUUCAAGUCCACACUCUGGCACAUCCAAAAGAAGAAGAGUAACAGAUGAACGUGAGCUGCGUAUUCCUUUGGAAUAUGGCUGGCAGAGAGAGACAAGAAUAAGAAACUUUGGAGGGCGCCUUCAAGGAGAAGUAGCAUAUUAUGCUCCAUGUGGAAAGAAACUUAGGCAGUACCCUGAAGUAAUAAAGUAUCUCAGCAGAAAUGGAAUAAUGGAUAUCUCAAGGGACAAUUUCAGCUUCAGUGCAAAAAUAAGAGUGGGUGACUUCUAUGAAGCCAGAGAUGGACCGCAGGGAAUGCAGUGGUGUCUUUUGAAAGAAGAGGAUGUCGUUCCUCGCAUCAGGGCAAUGGAAAGUCGCCGAGGACGACCACCAAACCCAGACAGGCAACGAGCCAGAGAGGAAUCCAGGAUGAGACGUCGCAAGGGCCGACCUCCAAAUGUUGGCAGUGCUGAAUUUCUGGAUAACACAGAUGCCAAAUUACUAAGAAAACUGCAAGCUCAAGAGAUAGCCAGGCAAGCAGCACAAAUAAAGCUUUUGAGGAAACUUCAAAAGCAGGAACAGGCUCGGGUUGCCAAAGAAGCCAAAAAACAACAAGCAAUAAUGGCUGCUGAGGAAAAGCGAAAGCAAAAAGAACAGAUAAAGAUUAUGAAACAACAGGAAAAAAUUAAGAGAAUACAACAAAUCAGAAUGGAAAAAGAACUUCGAGCCCAGCAAAUUCUAGAGGCUAAAAAGAAAAAGAAGGAAGAAGCGGCAAAUGCCAAAUUAUUGGAGGCCGAGAAACGAAUAAAGGAAAAAGAAAUGAGAAGACAACAAGCUGUGCUUCUGAAGCAUCAGGAGUUGGAGAGGCAUAGACUAGAUAUGGUAUGGGAACGAGAGAGAAGGCGACAACACAUGAUGCUUAUGAAAGCUAUGGAAGCUCGUAAGAAAGCAGAAGAAAAAGAACGGUUGAAGCAAGAAAAACGUGAUGAGAAAAGAUUAAAUAAAGAGCGUAAACUCGAGCAACGGAGAUUAGAAUUAGAAAUGGCGAAGGAACUAAAGAAGCCUAAUGAAGACAUGUGCUUAGCAGACCAAAAGCCUCUGCCAGAGUUGCCUCGUAUUCCAGGACUUGUUCUCUCUGGAAGUACAUUUUCAGACUGUCUCAUGGUGGUGCAGUUCUUACGAAACUUUGGUAAAGUUUUGGGCUUUGAUGUGAAUAUUGAUGUUCCAAACCUGAGUGUUCUUCAAGAGGGAUUGCUAAAUAUAGGGGACAGCAUGGGUGAAGUACAAGACUUGCUUGUGAGGCUCCUCUCAGCUGCUGUAUGUGAUCCAGGUCUAAUUACAGGAUACAAGGCCAAAACAGCCCUUGGAGAACAUUUGCUGAAUGUUGGUGUGAAUCGAGACAAUGUUUCCGAGAUUUUGCAGAUUUUUAUGGAAGCCCACUGUGGACAAACUGAGCUUACUGAAAGCCUGAAGACAAAAGCUUUUCAGGCUCACACUCCAGCACAGAAAGCCUCAGUCCUGGCUUUCCUGAUCAAUGAACUGGCGUGCAGCAAGAGUGUGGUGAGUGAAAUCGACAAGAACAUUGAUUAUAUGUCAAACUUGAGGAGAGAUAAAUGGGUGGUAGAAGGUAAACUCCGCAAGCUCAGAAUCAUUCAUGCUAAGAAAACAGGCAAAAGAGACACUUCAGGCGGCAUAGAUCUUGGAGAGGAACAACAUCCAUUAGGCACACCCACUCCAGGACGAAAGCGAAGACGGAAGGGAGGAGACAGUGAUUAUGAUGAUGAUGAUGACGAAGAUAGUGAUGAUCAAGCCGAUGAAGAUGAUGAGGAUGAAGAAGAUAAAGAUGACAAAAAAGGAAAGAAGACUGAUAUCUGUGAAGACGAGGAUGAAGGUGACCAAGCAGCAAGUGUUGAAGAGCUAGAAAAACAGAUUGAAAAACUGAGUAAACAACAGAGUCAGUACAGAAGGAAGCUCUUUGACGCUUCUCACUCUUUACGUUCGAUGAUGUUUGGCCAGGAUCGUUACAGACGCCGGUACUGGAUUCUUCCCCAGUGUGGGGGGAUUUUUGUAGAAGGCAUGGAGAGUGGUGAAGGACUAGAAGAAAUUGCAAAAGAAAGAGAAAAACUGAAAAAGGCGGAAAGUAUCCAGAUCAAAGAGGAAAUAUUUGAGACUUCUGAGGACACUUUAAAUUGUUCAAAUUCAGAUCACUGUGAACAAAAGGAAGAUCCUAAAGAAAAAGAUAACACAAAUCUAUUUCUUCAGAAACCUGGCUCUUUUUCAAAAUUAAGCAAGCUUUUAGAAGUAGCUAAGAUGCCUCCUGAGUCAGAUGUCAUGACCCCAAAGUCAAGUAGUAGUGCAAAUGGGUGCACACUGUCAUGCCAGAACAGUGGAAAACAUUCACUAGGCAGCAUUCAGUCAACAGCAACACAGAGCAACAUGGAAAAGACUGACUCUAGUAAUCUAUUCAAUACCAGUUCAGGUGGUCCUGGGAAGUUCUACAGUCCUCUCCCCAGUGACCAGUUGUUAAAAACUCUGACUGAAAAGAAUAGGCAAUGGUUUAGCCUUCUGCCAAGAACACCUUGUGAUGACACUUCACUUACCCAUGCGGAUGUGUCAGCAGUUCCUUUAGUGACGCCUCCGUCUCAGCCUCAGCCACCGUCUAAGUCACCGUCACCCGCCCCAGCUCCACUUCUUGGAUCGUCCGCUCCGAAUCCUGUUGGCCUAAAUCCAUUUGCUUUAUCACCUCUGCAGAUGAAAAGUGGAGUAUCUAUGAUGGGACUCCAGUUUUGUGGGUGGCCCACUGGCAUGCUUACUUCCAAUAUUCCAUUUACAUCACCUGUACCUACUCUGGGAUCAGGGUUGGGAUUAUCAGAAGGAAAUGGUAAUUCAUUUUUAACUCCCAAUGUUGCUUCAAGUAAAAGCGAAUCUCCAGUACCACAGAAUGAAAAAGUCUCUUCAGCUCAACCUGCAGCUGUGGAAGUAGCAAAACCAGUAGAUUUUCCUAGUCCAAAACCUAUUCCAGAAGAAAUGCAGUUUGGUUGGUGGAGAAUUAUUGACCCUGAGGACUUAAAAGCUUUGCUCAAAGUGCUACAUCUCAGAGGAAUAAGGGAAAAGGCAUUACAAAAACAAAUUCAGAAACACUUGGAUUACAUUACUCAAGCCUGCAUCAAGAAUAAGGAUGUUGCUAUUAUUGAAUUAAAUGAAAAUGAAGAAAACCAGGUGACUCGAGACAUUGUGGAGAACUGGUCAGUGGAAGAACAAGCGAUGGAAAUGGAUCUGAGUAUUCUUCAACAGGUAGAAGAUCUAGAAAGGAGAGUUGCAUCAGCAAGUUUGCAAGUGAAGGGUUGGAUGUGUCCAGAGCCUGCAUCAGAAAGGGAGGACUUGGUAUAUUUUGAACAUAAGUCAUUCUCUAAAUUGUGCAAGGAGCAUGAUGGAGAAUUUACUGGCGAAGAAGAAAGCAGUGCUCAGGCACUAGAGCGGAAGAGUGACAACCCCCUAGAUAUAGCUGUAACGAGGCUGGCUGAUUUGGAGCGGAACAUUGAAAGAAGGUAUCUGAAGAGCCCCUUAAGUACCACCAUUCAGAUCAAACUGGAUAAUGUGGGCACAGUUACUGUCCCUGCUCCUGCACCAUCCGUUAGUGGUGAUGGUGACGGAAUUGAAGAGGAUAUUGCUCCAGGGCUCAGGGUAUGGAGAAGGGCAUUAUCAGAAGCUCGCAGUGCUGCACAGGUAGCUCUGUGCAUUCAGCAGUUACAGAAAUCAAUAGCAUGGGAAAAAUCAAUUAUGAAAGUUUACUGCCAGAUCUGUCGCAAGGGAGAUAAUGAAGAACUGCUCCUCCUUUGUGACGGCUGUGACAAAGGCUGUCACACAUACUGCCAUAGACCCAGGAUCACAACUAUACCAGACGGCGACUGGUUCUGUCCAGCUUGCAUCGCUAAGGCAAGUGGUCAAACUCUAAAAUUCAAAAAACUUCAUGUCAAAGGAAAAAAGAAUAAUGAUUCAAAAAAAGGGAAAAAAGUAACUUUAACAGGGGAUACUGAAGAUGAAGACUCUGCGUCUACAAGUAGUUCACUAAAAAGAGGAAACAAAGACGUGAAAAAGAGAAAAAUGGAGGAAAAUACUUCUAUUAACUUGUCAAAACAAGAAAGUUUUACUUCUGUUAAGAAACCUAAAAGAGAUGAUUCCAAGGACCAAGCUCUUUGCAGUAUGAUCCUUACUGAAAUGGAAACUCAUGAGGAUGCAUGGCCUUUUCUACUUCCUGUAAACUUGAAACUUGUUCCUGGUUAUAAGAAAGUUAUUAAGAAGCCUAUGGAUUUUUCCACAAUUAGAGAGAAAUUAAGUAGUGGACAAUAUCCAAACCUUGAAUCCUUUGCCCUAGACGUCAGGCUGGUUUUUGACAACUGUGAAACAUUUAAUGAAGAUGAUUCUGAUAUAGGCAGAGCUGGCCACAGUAUGAGGAAGUAUUUUGAAAAAAAGUGGACAGAUACUUUCAAAGUGAGCUGAAGUUAUAAUAAUCUUUUUUUUUUCCUUUUAAACAAGGACAAAUGAGACCAGCAAUGUGAACUAUAUUUACAUCAAUGUGCAAGGCACAUACAUAAUGACUUUUUUUUCCUUAAAGUAAGUAUCACAAAAAAAAUAAAUAAGUAUCAGAAGAAUGAUACCAUUUUUAAAGGCUUCACUCCUACAACAACCAAGGCCCUUGGUUAUUGGUUUGUGUGAUUUAUCAGCUAAUUUAGGUAGAACAGGGAAGCACACCCAAAGAAUUUUCAAAGGAAAGGGUGUUAUAGUGCAAUAGCAAUUAAAAUAUAUCAAAUCGCACUGAAUAUUCAACACCAGAGCUCUAAUGUGGGAAAUGGUUCUCCUUUCCCUCUCAAUAAAUAUCUAUUUUUCAUUUUUUUACUUUGUAGUUUAUUUUUUAGUGAAUGUAUUUAAUUUUAUGAAUUAUUUAUGAUUAAACCACAUCCAGAAUCUUCGUUUUCUGUGAAAAGGAAGAACUAGAAAAUUGCUUUAAAUCUUGAAAUUACAACAAGGAAUGUUUUAAAAUAUAAAACAAAGCCAAGUUAAACUGUUUACACUGAUGUGCUAUAAAAGCACCAAAAAUAAACUUUACUGUAGAGUUACAAGUACAUUUAUAUAUAUAUAUAUAUACAUAUAUAUAUAUGUUGCUGCAUCACUUGUGUAGUUAAAUUGUAUUUCAAGACAGUGAAGAAAAAUUGACCUGUAUAUACUGUUCAUUAUUGUUUAUAUUAAGUCUUGUUUUAAAUAUGUAUUAUGUGUACAUAUUGUUUGCAGACAUUAUUGUUUAUGCCUUAGAAGGACUGUAGCAUUUUAUUUUAGUCUGAAGGUAAUUAUAGCUAUACAGCUUGUACAGCAAUUAUCCUCUACCAACACUGUGGCGUCUCCUUGAUCUUGGUAGUGCCUGCCUUUGAAACAGGGUGUAGGGGAUAUUAGUUUUCCAUUUUUCUAUUUUGUUAUAUAAUUUUAAGCCACCAGGGCCUAAAUUAAAGUAUAAUCAUUUGUAUCCAUGUGGAAUAAAAUUGUGACAAUUUCCUACACACACAGUAUUUUUUCAUAGAAACAUUUUCCUCCCAUUUGCCUUGCCUCAGAAAUAAAUUUAAAAGACAUUUGUAACCACUGUGUUUUAUCUACUGUGUGUUGUGGUGGCCUGUUGGAGGCAAAUAGAUCAGAAUUUUUUUUGUACCUAUGUAAGAGUACUUGAAGUUUUAUUUAAAAUAAAAUGUUGUGGAAAAGGUAGCAUUCUUUUUUUUAGGAGUGUUAUUUUUCACUACUAUGUGUGGCACGGAUACAAUAAAAGACUUUUACAAACUAGUUUUUUUUUUAGUUUUUCUUAAUGAACCUGAAAAUAUAGUCUUUUCAAAAAACCAGUAAAUUUAAAUUUGAUUUUUACAGAUGGACUGGGUGGAAGAGGGUGAUUUUAAGUCAAGUGAUGUGACUUUCGUGAGUCUCUGAACCUCUCUGGACCACGUUUUAUCGUUUAUUUCACAUUUUCAAUAUGAAAAUAUUAAAAUACAUUUUUAAGGUCUGAUAGGAGCAAUGUCUCUAUUGAUAGACAUAGGACACAUAGGUCAAUAAGAAAAAUGGAUCUUAUAAAUUAGUCUAACAAGUCCUGAGAUACAAAGUCAAGUGUUCAUGAAAUGUGGCGUGAUGCCUUGCUGGGCUCUGAGGAGUCCCUGGUGAGCACGACAGGCGCAGGCCCUGCCUUCAUGGAGCGUCCUCCCUGGGGAAGUGGCGCUUUAGAUAAUGUCCUCAGAAAAUGGCUUUUAAUAGUGAAGGAGAAUAGAAAAGUUUUGAAGAAAAUAUCCCUAACAACUUUAAAAUGCUUCAAAACCACAGAGUAUUUUCCUAAAGCCCUAGGUUUUGUGAAGACGUAUGUGAAAAUCAGCUGUUAUUAUGUAAAUAUGUCAGUUUCUGUAAACCAAAUAUUGCAGUGAUGCCUUAAGGGGCUGGUGCUUAAUCAAAAAUACCACGUGGAGCAGGGAACAAGGUGGUGCUGUGAAUAAAGUAUGUGGUUUUUGUGGUGAUAGAGCUGCCAAAUGCUCCAUGGGAGUUUUCUUCAUGGGGGUUUUUUGCCUUAGGGAUGAUACAUGCUUAUGUUGAUUUAUGUUAGAUGGUAUGUAAGUGAGUGACUUAUUUGAUAAUAACAUGUCUGGUGUCUGAGGGGCUCAUGAUGAGAAAUAAAGUAA